AUGAGCACCACCGCUACCGAUGAUUCCUUGAACCCGACGAACCCGAACCCAACGAACCCGAUCCCGACAAACUCGACCUCGACCAACCCGACUCCAGCGAUCCCGACCUCGACCACGAUGGAAGUUCGCCGCACGAUCUCCCCAUAUGAUUUGACUGCUGCCGACAAUCCUAGUGCUGUGAUCUCUCAUCCUCUGUUGAAAGGAACGAACUAUGACGAAUGGGCUUGUGGAAUGAAGACUGCUUUAGACGCAAGAAAUUCGGUUUCUUGGAUGGCACUUCUAGUGUCAUUGAUUAAGAUGACCAUCGAUCCAGUGUUGCGUUCCAACAUCUCUCAUCGGGAUGUUGCUAAGGACCUCUGGGAUCACUUGAGAAGCGUUUCUCUGUCACCAACGGACCACAAAUUCAACAACUCAAAGCAGAGCUUGCUUGUUGCAAACAACGUGGUCUCGCUAUUGAGGUGUACUUUGGCAAGCUUUCCCGAAUCUAGGACACAAGAUCGCGAAGACGAUAAAGUGCACCAGUUUCUCUUUGGACUUGAUGAUAGCAGCUUCCGUACUGUUUGUUCUAGCUUGGUGUCUCGUACUCCACUUCGGCCUAUGGAGGAAGUGUAUAACAUUGUACGUCAAGAAGAGGACUUGGUUCGUCAAGCCACUCAGACACCUGCUAAGAAACUUGAUGUCACUGCGUUUGCUGCUCAAUCUCGUUUUCGCCGUGAUGACAAAGAUAAGGGUGUUUUGUGUAAGCACUGCAAUCGACAUGGACAUCUCUCUGAUAGUUGCUACGCCGUCAUUGGGUAUCCGGAGUGGUGGGGAGAGAGACCGCGAACUCGCACAGCACACGGUCGAGGACGUGGAGGCUCUGUUGCAUCUUCUAGUGUGGGUCGUGGACGUGGUGUGUCCUAUGUGAAUGCUGUGCAAAUCUCUGCCCCGACUGCCGACCAUGCCAACUACGUGAUCACUGACGCUGAUCGUGAUGGUGUUACUACUCUGUCUGAUGCAGAGUGGGAAGGCAUCAAGAAAUUAUUGAACAAACGAGCUCCAUCUGCUACCACUGAUCGUCUAUCGGGUACGUCAUCUGUUCUCUCUUGGAUCCUAGAUACAUGUGCUUCUCAUCACUUGACUGGUCGCUUAGAAGUUUUAUCUGAUUUGAAAGACAUGGCACCAGUUAUGGUUAUUCUCGCUGAUGGUAGGGAACAUAUUUCUGUUUUGGAAGGCGUUGUUGCUCUUGGGGCAGGAUUGAUUUUGCGAUCUGUUUAUUAUGUUGAGGGGUUAUGUUCUGAUCUGAUUUCUAUGGGGCAAUUGAUGGAUGAGAACCGGUGUGUGGUUCAACUUGCUGAUCACUUCCUUUUUGUUCAGGACCGCACUUCGAGGACGGUGAUUGGAGCAGGGAAACGUGAGCGUGGAACGUUCUUUUUCUGA